AUGUGGCGGCGCACCUAUCUGCUCCUCGCCCUCAUCCGGCUGUGGUUUGCCUUGUCGCCCAGCUACCUACAUCCCGACGAGAACUUUCAAGGGCCCGAGGUCAUCGCUGGCCAAAUAUUCAGCUAUCCGAUCCGGCGCACUUGGGAAUUCACAAGCGACCACCCGAUCCGAAGCGUUUUCCCGCUAUGGCCCGUCUACGGCCUACCCAUGCUGCUGCUUCGAUGGCUCUGGAUCGGUAAUGGCCAGGAUGGCGAAAUCCCACCAAUCGCCGUCUUCUGGACGCUCCGCGUCCUCAUGUUCCUCAUCAGCUUCGUCCUUGAGGACUGGGCGCUCCACGAAUUGAUACCCUCGCCCCGGCACCGGCGCGUCGCCGUCCUACUCGUCGCCUCGUCAUACGCCACAUGGACGUACCAGACGCACACGUUUUCCAACUCUGUCGAAACUUUGGUGGUGGCGUGGAGCUUGGUUCUCAUCCAGCGCAUCGUGGAUUCUCGGCAACAAUCGUCCCUUUUGGCUUCCACCGUGCUCGGAAUCGUGGCCGUCUUUGGCCUCUUCAACCGCAUCACGUUCCCCGCCUUCUUGUUAAUUCCUAGCCUUCGCCUGAUACCCCAUUUCUUGAAUAAUCCUUUGUCUUUUGCAGUCCUCGUUUCUGCUGCGCUUGUUACCACUACCGUUGCCAUUGCGCUCGAUACCGCCUUCUACACCUCGGGGCCCUUAACCUGGGCACGUCUCAUCGCACAGCCAGUCAUCACCCCCUUAAACAACUUCCAUUACAACUCCGCGACCGAAAACCUUGCUCAACAUGGCCUGCAUCCCUGGUACCAGCACCUUCUGGGGAACAUUCCCCAGCUACUAGGCCCCGCAACCGUCUUGCUCUUGACCCAACCUCACCUCUCCAUCAGACUCUACUCCGCCAUCUCGGGGCUAGUCGUACUAUCCUUGUUUCAGCACCAAGAAGCCCGCUUCCUCUUACCGACGGUGCCGUUGAUUCUUUCUUCGGUUCAGCUCCCAAAAAAUAGCACGGUUCUGCGAAUUUGGGCUGUUGCCUGGGUUAUCUUCAACCUUUUUUUGGGUGUCCUCAUGGGCAUCUACCAUCAAGGAGGCGUCGUCCCCGGCCAGGUCUUCAUGAGCAGCCAGCCCGAUGCCACCCAGGCAAUCUGGUGGAAGACGUACACGCCUCCCAUCUGGCUCCUGAACGGCAAGAACGAAGUCUUGCAAACAAGGGACGUCAUGGGCAUCAAGGGCGAGGCGCUACUCGAGCAGCUGACGGAGCUUGCUACCUGUGACACCCCCGCCGACCGACGUAGUCAAGAGUACCGAAAGGAGAAGAACGGCACUUACCUUAUAGCGCCUGCUUCGGCUACCUGGCUGGAUCCAUACCUGCCCAAUAAAGGGCUGCAAGGACUGAGGUUCCGCGAGGUAUGGCGGUAUCGGCAGCAUCUGAACCUGGAUGACUUGGACUUUGAAGACGAUGGAAUCUGGAAUACGAUUUCCAGGGUCGUUGGGAGAAGGGGUCUGAUUGCCUGGAGGGUCACCAAGAGCUGCUAG